UCUCUAGAGGUGUGUAUGUGCCCAGGAGGUGCAAGCCAACUAAAACUUCUCUUUGCAGGUACAGUGAAAAGGUCACCCAGGCUGGCCAGCUGCACCCUCGGCUCCCCUGAAAAGAUGGAGGAGGGAUCCCCAGAAAAGAUCGUCUUGAACCUCGGAGGGGUCCGGUUCGAGACCUACCGCAGCACCCUGACGGCCUUCCCGGGAACCAAGCUGUGCAGCCUGACGGAGCCCCAGGCCUUGGAGAAUUUCGACUAUGACCCCAGAACGAAGGAGUUCUUCUUUGACCGAAGCGCCAGGCUCUUUGGGCAGGUCUUGAGCUACUACCGGUCGGGGCACCUCCACUGUCCUGCGGACGCCUGCAGGUCGGCCUUUGAGGAGGAGCUGGCCUUCUGGGAAGUCCCCCUCGGCCAGCUGCCGCCCUGUUGCUGGACAAAGCUGGGUGAACUUGAAGGCCCGCUGGAGGAGUCCAACAUGGAGGACGUGGAGGACGAGGGGCACGAAGGGGACUCCCAGGUCCUGCUCGGCCAAGUGGAAAGGAGGAAUGGCCAGCGAGGGGCUUGGAGGAAGCCCCAGAUAUGGGCUCUCCUGGAGGAGCCCUUUUCUUCUCAAUGGGCCCUGUGCCUAGCAAUCAUCUCCUUGUUGUUCAACAUUGGGCUCAUCGUCCUUUUAUGCGAAGAAACCCGUGGCUUUCUACAUCACAUUAAUGAUACCACUACAGGCAUUCAUCCGGCAAACGUUUUACCAAUAACAGAGUACCAGACCAUGCCUUACCUUCUCUACCUGGAGCUUGUCAUCAUCAUCUGGUUCACGGCUGAAUUUGCUCUACGGCUCACAGUCUGUCCAGACAAAAAGAGGUUCCCCAGGAAGCCUCUCAACUGGGUGGACUUCCUCUCCUUGUUCCCAGUGUACAUCCAACUCUUUGUACGGAGUAGUUCGUACACGGAGCACAACCUGGCCGUCUGGCUUGACUUCUUCCGCCUGCUCUACAUCCUUAAGCUGCUGAAGGUCUUCCGGCUGGUGGAGACCCCUCUGAUGCUGAGAGUCCUGCCCUACAUGUUCCGGUCUCUUUUGAGGGAGACCCUCGUCCUCAUGACGAUUCUUGUCUUUGAAAUCAUCUUCUUGGGUGUCCUCUUUUAUUACGUAGAGAGGUUUGAAGACCUACCUUCCUGUCUCUGGUGGGCAGUGGUCACCUUGACCACGGUGGGCUACGGAGACAUCCACCCCAUCAGUCCCUUGGGCCAAGCGGUUGCCACCUGCACAGCACUCUGUGGAGUGAUGACCAUCAUCCUCCCCAUCCCCAUCCUCUCCAUCAAGUUCAAGGGCUACUACGACGCGGCUGUGGUCAAAGAGAAGAUGAAGCGGAGAAAGGAGCCAACGUCCUGAGAAGGCCGGGGCCCCAUGUUUCCACCUCUUCCUGGGGAAAGGAGACCCACUUCCAAAUGGCUCGCCUUCCCUUGGAUAAGGGUCAGUGGCCUUCACAAUGCAAGCCGGCUCUUCCCGCCAACCAAGCCUUUGAGCAUCAUGCCACGACGCGGAAUGUAUCAUCUCACCUUUCUGUGCUUUGCAGACGGAGGGACAUAAUCUGCAGUCUUUCUCUCUAUGCAAGUGGGGGCUCUUGGAGCCUCCACCCCACCCCCCGCCAAGUGUGCACCACCCUUGUUGUGACAGUCUGGGGGGGGGGACUGAAUUCACACACACCCAGUGCAGCACAGCAGCUGUUGUCAAGCCCUCCCAAGCCCAAAGCUCCUGAGGUGUGUGGGGGGGGGGUCAAGGGAAGCCACGGCAAGCUGGCUGAUGAUGACUUUGAUCUUCAGGUUUAACCACCACAAACAAAUCCCAAUUAAAAGGUGUGUAGUCCUUGUGGAUCUGCAGUGGCAAAAAAAAAACCCUGCCAACAAACUCCAAAGAGGGACAGUAGAAAAAAGGUUAACGCUUGUGAAAAGUAGAAAACUCCUGAUUAAACACUUCCAGCCUGUAUUAAACCCCCCUCCUUUUUUUUCCUCAUGAUUGUUGUGACCACUUUCCCCCAGCAGAUGGCGCUCUCCAACAGCGCAAGCAAGAUCCUAAGAGCUCUGGGGACUGAAACCCAGGCCAGAAACAAGCAUGAGGAGCAGCCUGGAUCUUGUCCUUGGGGAGAGAGUCCCUUCCAGGUGUCCCUUCUCACUGCUUCCACUCUCUGGGCGAAUUACACCCUCCCCAGGCAACCACAGGGUGCCUCGCUGGCCCAUUGGCUUUACCCCCUAGCCACCUCUUCUUGAGGCCGCUC